CUGCUUUUUAAUCCGGGUUGUAAGCUGAAGAUAUGACACCACCAACAGUAGAAGUCGGAGGAAAGGGAACUGGACAAGACAUCAAUGUUGCUUUUCCAACAGCGUCGACCACAGAUCAACCACACAAGACCAACAACAACAAGAAAUACAAGUAUUUUGCUGGCGUUGUUGUUAUUUCUGUUGUCAUCAUAGCAGCUGUGGUUUUGGGUUCAAUCGCCUUACAUCACCAUCUUAAAUCAAAACAAACGGGAUUUAAUAUCGAGCCAAGGUAUGGCGGCGACUUGAAAGUACCAGAACAUGUAAAGAUUGAUUAUGAUAGAAAAUUGAUAAUCAUAAAUAGUACACAGCAGGGGCACAUUGUAGCCAGUAAUAUCCUUCACGAUUUUCAAAAGAAAAUAAUUGCCUAUAGAGAUGAAACGCAUAAAAUGUGCUUUUUAGAUAAAACCACCUAUAGUUUUGAUGAUUAUGUUUCUCGACUAGCUGAAAUAGACUCGACAACAAAAACGUCUGUUGUACAUCGCAAACAAAGUAAUUAUUCUGUUGAACCAGACGUUUUAAGAAAGUUUAUUGGUGAAAAUAUCGCAGACCAUUGUGAAGGUGAUCCAACUUAUUGGCUUGUUGAAGAUGAUGCAGUUUGUCAAUCAGGAGAGCUAUGCCGAAUUAAACGCCAGUUCAGUGCGGGCGUAAGUGUCAAUUUUGGAAAUGCUGGGUGGCAAGUCCAUGUUGGCCUUCGUAAAUUACCAGUGGUCGUCCAUACAUAAACUGUUACUAAUGAUUGUAUGAAAGCAUAACUCAAACUCAAAACGUGAUAACAUGUACGUACGAUGAUUCUGCAAAACUGUCUUUGUAAACCAAGUGGUAUUGGGUCUUUAAACAAAAGAGGGGAGGAAAGUCCCCUACAGUAAUGAUAUCAUAUAGGGGAUAAAACUGCCCGUAGUCGUCGAGCCAUCCGUUGCGCUUACGAAGGUGUUGAGUUUGAGGACACAUGUAAGCAGAAAAUUGGAUUUGAUUUGGAUAGGAUUUGCUCUGGUCCGAUUUUUAUUGAGUAUGAGCUUGAGUUUGCGUACAUAUGUAAUAGCAGCUUCAACCGUUUCACAAAACCAACUUAAGUUAUGUGUGUCCGUAAAUCCGCCCGUAACCUAAACAUGGUCUAAACUGUCCGUAAAUAUCCGUUACAAGCGUAAAUGUAUAAUAAAGCCGUUUUACUGUACACCCUGAAUAAUAAUAACAGAAUAAAUAAUUAAAUGA